CAUACAGAAAAACAUGAAGGGAAUCUGAGGAGCCGGUCGACUCGAGUCCUACGUCAUCACUGUGCGACAGCUUGUCAUUGCAGAGCGAGAUGGCUGCGCAGUCUGAACACACGACAGGAACAGACGCAGAACUGGACGAAUUAUUGGACAGUGCACUGGAUGACUUUGAGAAGACCAAUGUUUCUCGUGCUCCCCCUGAAGCCCCCAGUGCAGAAGCGAAUGCAGGGCAGAAGCCACCUCUGCUGGAGGACAGUCAGUUUUUUGAGUCUCUGUUUGAAGGAGAGAUGGCUCAGCAGGCGAAGGAGGAGUGGGAGAGAGCGAUGACCGAGCUUGCGCAGGAGGAACCUGAGCUGAUCCAGCAGUUCCACAAACUCUCUGAGGUCGCAGGGAAAGUGGGUACUGAUGCAGCGUCACAGCAAGAGUUCGCUUCCUGCCUCAAAGACACGCUUAGCGGUUUGGCCAAGAAUGCAGAUAAUCUGCAGGCCACCGGGUUGGCCGAAGAGGAUCUGGCUAAAACAUUAGAAGGGCUGGGAUUGGAUGAGAAUAGUGAAGGGGACGGAGAAGACGGGAAUAUCCUCCCCAUCAUGCAGUCCAUCAUGAAAAACCUUCUGUCCAAAGAUGUGCUGUAUCCAUCACUCAAAGAGAUCACAGAGAAGUACCCUGAGUGGUUGGACAGUAACAGACAGUCUCUCUCGGCUGAGGACGUCCAGCGGUACGAGCAGCAGCACAGGAUCAUGGGAGAAAUCUGCAGCCAGUUUGAGCAAGACGGAGACACACACAGCAACUUUGAAAACAUUCUGGAGCUGAUGCAGAAGCUGCAGGAUUUGGGUCACCCCCCGAAGGAACUAGCUGGAGAAGCGCCCCCUGGUCUGAACUUUGACCCAGAGUCUCUUCAUCUUCCUGGAGUAGCGGGGGCAGAGCAGUGCUCCAUCAUGUGACCACAGAGAUGAUUAUAAUGUUGUGUGUGUAUAUGAGUGUGUACAGACUAAUAAAAAACAAACCACCUUUAAUGACACAGAAUAAUAAAUAAUUCACUUCACAUCAGUUUACACAAUAAAUUUGGUGACUAAUUUUAGCUAACGUUGGUGUUGCGUCUCCGGCAGCGGUUUGCUAAAGUGUGCUAACUUCAGCUAAACUGAUGUUGGGUGAUUAAAUCUAAGACCUUAAUGCAGGUCAAAUCCGUUAUUCUAUGCUAAUCAGAGCACCGUGUGGUGAUGAGUUGUUAUGUAAGCUCUGCCCCUUACCUGAAGCAGGUACACCUGUAAUGAACUUCUGAGUAAAAUCUGAUCAUUUUUCAAUUUAACGGUUUUCUCUUCAUCAUAUUAGUGUGUGUGAGAGUGAGUGAGUGAGUUUGUGUGUGAGCGAGUGAGUGAGAGUUUGUGUGAGAGCGUGUGGGUGUGUGUGUUUGUGUGAGUGAGUGUGUUUGUGUGAGUGAGAGUUUGUGUGUGUGUGAGAGUUUGUGUUAUGGUGUGUAAGUGUGUUUGUAUGAGUGUGUGUGAGUGAGGGAGAGUUUGUGUUUGUGUGAGAAUGGGGGUGUGAGUUUGUGUGAGUGUGAGAGAGAGGAACAGAUAGAUUGUAUUCCUGUAAAUGCUAAUAAAAAGUGAUUAAUUGCUGUGUAAUGUUUGGCUUUAUUAAACUUAGUGUGUAACUCCG